AUGCAUUUCUCGAAUGCUCUUCUCAUUGGUCUGCUCGGGUUCCUGAGCGCGAGUACCAGCCCCACGCAGGGCCUUGUAUCGGCGCGGACUCUGCCCGAGAGGAGUCCUAAUGCGGGUAAAGGAGCCAUCUUGUAUUCUCGAGGUGACAAGAUCUGGCCCAAUAAGCCCAGGAUUGAUAUGAGUCAGAUUACCGACUGCCAUAUCAUCAACCAUGCAUACGAAGUUGACAACAAGGACCAAAACAACCCAGAAGAAUCCUGGGGGAAGGUGUGGCGGGCCAAGGCUCCUGGCUUCGGCGAAGUGAUGUUCAAGUUAGCGGAAGAGGAGUACCUCAUUAACGAGUUGGAGGUCUACAUGGCGGUCGAAGGGGAGUUCAUAGCCCCGGAGUUCCUGGCGCUGGUCACGAAGGAUGAGGAGGUUGUCGGUUUUCUGACUAAACUAAUCGGUGGAGCGACCGCACCCGAAGCCGGGGACGAAGACAGAUGCGUGAACAAGCUGGAGGAUUUUUACCGGAAGACGCGUCUGGUUCAUGGAGACAUUAAGCCGGACCAGUUCAUUUUGACGAGCGAAAAAACAUACCUCAUUGACUUCGAGCUAUCUAGGAAUGGAACGGAGUCGGAAAUGAAUCAUGAGAUCGUUGAGCUGAACAAAGCCUUUGGCGAAAUGCGGAAGAAUUCAUGA